AUAAGAAGAGCCAGGUUAUUAUUAGAAAACAGCGGGAGGACACUAAGUGAGCCCAUACAGAAUGAUCAGACAAAGCAAGCCUUCCUGCUAAGCCUGUCCAGUGUACAUCCUGAUACAGACAAGAUAACUCCUGUUUUGUUUAGACCUCCAGCCUUCCUGCCCAUAUCUCUUCCAUUGGUUAUUGUUUCAUCACUUCAGCUGCAGGCAAAGCACAAUUUUUUUUAUCAGUUCGUGUUUCACACAUACACCACAGGAUUCACCCUAUUAAAUGGAAAUGGUACCACAAAGGCUGAAGAGUACUCAGUUCAACAAAAGCAGAUCUUCUACGGCUUGGGAGCCAUUUCCUAUGCAGCGUGUAUUGGUGCUCUUCCUUUUGUCUUCAUGAAUCGAUACACAUUAAAGAGUCCAUUGACGCAACUAGUCGUCAAAAAACUUCUACCUGCUCCUCUUCUUGGCUUGAUGAGUGCAUUUACUGUGGUGGUGGUGAGAAGCCCAGAAUUUGAGAAUGGGAUUGAAGUGAUGGACAGGAAUGGCAAGGUUGUAGGAGUGUCACAGAAGGCUGGUGAGAAGGCCGUUAAAGAAACAGCAUUAUCGAGAGCAGUUUUGUUUGGGACAACAUUCUUCCUGCCAUCUGUGCUUAUGCACUUUGUGGAAAGAGCAAAAUUUGCAAAAACUCCACGUGCUUUGGCUUCAGUGAGAAUGCUUAUGAUUACAUCCGUACUCGCAGGGAUGCUACCAGUUUCACUUAGUAUGUUCCCACAGUGUGGGGAGAUAAAGCGAGCAGACCUCGAACCGGAAAUUGUAUCUUCUACAGAAGAAACGGAGUUAUUCUACAAUAGGGGAAUUUAGAGAUUGGUUUUAGUAUAUAAAUGUGUGCUCUGAUUGAAGU